CUACCUUUCGUGUUGAAAAAGACUUAACCCUUAAUUACCAAGCGAGAGAAUAAAGAUACUCACUAGGCCAAAACACACAGUCGUUUCACUUCCUCCUCCUUCAAGCAAAGCACAAAGAAUUCCCGACUCGGAGACCUAACUCACCCGAGUCACCACCACCACCGAUUCCAAAUGGAGGCCCAAGAGGGGACGCAGCAGCCGCACCUUGUGCUCGCAAACAAGCUCUUCCUCCUUUCCCAUUCCGAUGUCCCGGACAUCGAAAAGGUCCAACUCAGGGACGAGGUUUUCACCUCCGUCAAAGCCGACGAUAUGGCGCCGUUGUACGAAACCCUAGUCUCCGAAUCGGUGCUUGAGCUGGACCAGGGCGUUAUGGACUCGAUGAGGGCGAAGAACCAGGAGGAGCUCAAGAAACUUGACGAAAAGAUUGCUGACGCGGAAGAGAACUUAGGGGAAAGUGAGGUUCGAGAAGCUCACUUGGCCAAGUCCCUGUUUUUCAUUCGUAUUGGCGACAAGGAGAAAGCAUUGGAACAACUCAAAGUAACGGAAAGCAAGACAGUUGCAGUUGGGCAAAAGAUGGACUUGGUCUUCCAUACACUGCAACUUGGUUUCUUUUACAUGGAUUUUGACCUCAUUUCUAAGAGUAUUGACAAAGCGAAGAACUUAUUUGAAGAGGGAGGUGAUUGGGAAAGGAAGAAUCGUUUGAAGGUUUAUGAAGGCUUGUACUGCAUGUCCACUCGGAAUUUUAAGAAGGCUGCUGAUUUGUUCUUGGAUUCGAUUUCUACCUUCACCACUUAUGAAAUAUUUCCAUAUGACAUCUUCAUAUUUUAUACCGUCCUUACAAGCAUUAUAUCGUUGGACAGAGUUUCUUUAAAACAAAAGGUCGUGGAUGCUCCAGAGAUAUUGACAGUGAUUGGGAAGAUUCCGUACCUUACCGAGUUUUUGAACUCUCUUUAUGAUUGCCAAUACAAAUCAUUUUUCAAAGCAUUUGCUGGCCUGACAGAGCAGAUAAAGUUGGACCGUUAUUUGCAUCCACACUUCCGGUAUUACAUGAGGGAGAUCCGAACUGUUGUUUAUUCCCAGUUCUUGGAAUCCUACAAGAGUGUCACUAUUGAAGCAAUGGCUAAAGCAUUUGGCGUCACUGUGGAUUUCAUUGAUCUGGAGUUGUCUCGUUUCAUUGCGGCAGGGAAGCUUCAUUGCAAGAUUGACAAAGUUGCUGGUGUACUAGAAACUAACCGUCCAGAUGCUAAGAAUUCACUGUACCAAGCAACCAUCAAACAAGGGGACUUCUUAUUGAACCGCAUCCAGAAGCUAUCUCGUGUCAUUGACCUGUAGAUAGGCUUUCUGCGUUUGGAACGUGGUCACAAAGAACUUCAGAGCAUAGCAACUUGUGUCGUUUUACUUCUCAUUCGUUGAAACUAAGUUGUAUUUCUCCUUUUCUCCAAAUUUAUGUAGAAUUCAAGUACUCUGUAUCGAGUUUCUGCUUUUCUCUUCUAAUUGUUAUUCGUCGUAGUUUUUUGACUCUGUGGAAGCAAAAUCGUAGCAUUCUUGACACUUGCUGCGGAAUUAUUGAACUGGCUCGGUGCCAGAACUAGGAACA